AUGACAACCGGGACUGGAGAUGAUGUGGCUGAAAAGCCACAGACGAAGUUGAAGAGGUCAAGAAAUGGCUGUAUCAACUGCAGAGCAAGGCGCGUAAAGUGUGAUGAGAAGCAGCCUGCUUGUGGGAGGUGCUCCUCUCUAGGCCUGCCUUGCCACAAGCCUGAGCGUCCAAUUCCGCUCAAAAUCCGCAGGCGUGGGCAUGGUCCUGUUAAAUCCAGAAACAUCCUACGUUGGGAGCCACCGAAGAUCUUGCCGAAUAUCCAACAAAUCACCCCAGACCGUCAACCAUCAUCAGCCGUUAGGACUAAUAGCGCAUCUAUCCCACAACUUGACAACUCAGUGAAUCUCGAUAUCGUUAGAUCGACUGCAGACAUAACAGAUGGCGCUCGCUCAUUGGGGUUUAUGGAGCCUAUAUCCGGGAGUGCUGGUACGGAUGCUGCCAUUACAUCACCAGGGGAAGAAAUAGCCAACCAGCUCACGGCGGCAUCGGUAACGGCGGCCGGGUCAAUAGCCAGUCCCCUUCGCCAAGCAUUUGAUAAUAGUUUCAGUCGUAUGCUAGAUGGUCUUGUCGAGAACCCCAAUUCCCACGAAGAGGGAAAUACCUUCUUGGCGAAACCAUCAUUUCCCGCACAAUCCUUGAUUGCCGAGCCCACAGAUGUGUACUUACAGCCUUCAUGGUUGAAUACUUCUAGAAGUUUUAAUAGCGGUUCAUUGGAUACUUUGACUCAACCUUUUUACACGUACACAGAGCCGUUAUUACCUCGCAGGUGUUUGAAGGAAUAUUUCAAAUUACAGCAGACCGCAACCCUGCUAUCGCCCAAAAUGUCCUACGAGCUGGCCGACGCUCUCAAUCUUAACCAGAUCGAGAGAAAGGCUUUGGAUUAUUAUCGAAGCCACUUUUCAUGCUUUCGAAGUAUCAAGGGAUUUCUAUGGUCAGAGUAUUCUAUUUAUCUUACUGCCGCUACUAAUAGCAACAUGAUACUACAUCUCAUCUUGGCAAUUUCACUUCGGGGCUUAUCACGAGAUACACAAGAUGCCAGCGCCUUGCAGCUGAGCACAGCCCACUUACACAAAGGACUUGUGCUUUUGCAAAAGCAGUUGGAGGGACAAAAUAGCGAAAUCAUGGAAGUCAUGAUAUCCUUUUGGUUCUUGGCUUUGUUCACAAUGGAAAGCGACUCUGCAAUCGGUCGCAUCCAACGCCAUGAGCUGAGCAACAAGGUAUAUAGGUACUCGCGAGCAUAUCUGCUAGAUGAGGUUUGCGGUCCACCUAAUGCUAGCAUGGCUAUGCAGUCAUCCAAAGAGAACAGCGCAGCGAGAAUAAGUAUGGCGAUGAAAAUCUUGUGUAUGAUUGCCAACUUGGACGUGCAGUUGAAUAUCUUUGGCUAUGGAGGAGAGCUUUCCGACUUCUGCUAUGAGAAGGAUCAGUUGAACCAUGGAGAUGAGUACCCGUACUGCGAGCUUGCCUACGAUGUCGAAAGUUCAGAAUGUGCCAGAGUCUACCAAGAUCAGCACAGACUCUAUCAUUGGUUGAAUCAGCUGUUCUGGAAUGGAGUUGGUGACUACCAAAGCAUCGAGAAAGAUAUAGAAGCACACGAAGAGAAAUACCGAUCUUUCUUUCGAAUCGCUCAUCGCGAUGAUAUAGAUGAUGACGGCUAUUCUCGGUUACACUUUCAGAUUGAUGCUGCAGUAUGUGAGUUUUACGCUAUUCGCCUGUAUCAUUUCCGCUGCCAGAAUGAGAAGCUGCCUGACGAUAAGGUUCAAAAUUGGGUCUCGUCGUACUUGCAGAUUGCCUAUCGACUGCAGCAAUCAAAAGUCCGCUAUCACUGGAUCGACAAGUCCCUCUUUCUAGUAGGGUCCGAAACGCGUGAUGCAAUCCACAGAGACUGGAUCCAGAGGCGUAUGCUGCGAGAAGAUCUGAAAAGGGCAUUGAAGUGCGUAUGGCAGAAGGAGAAGAUGCAUGGACGGCGGCUUAGCCGUGAAGAAUUUCAGGCAGUAUUACGUGAUGAGGCUGGCAUGCAUGAUCCUGCUCUCACUACAAUCGUUCAGACGGCAGUAUAGUAUAAGUUUUCAGCUGCUCUUGUUCUCAUUUCUAGCGCUCUGGUCUCAAAUACUUUAGAAUUAGGCAACGGACAGGGCGGU